GCACUCGGGAGACCUCCUCCGCUAGGGGGGUGGGGUGGGCACGCUCGGCGUGCCCUUUUCCGGGACCUGGCAUUCGCGCGGAGGCCUGCUUCGCUUCCCCGCCGCGCGCCUGCGCGACUCGUCGCCGCAGCCGCCUCGGAGAGCGCGCCGGGCGGAGAAGGGCGAACCUUGAAGGUGCUUGGCGCUGAGGCGGCGGCGACGCUGCCCGAACGAGGCCGACAUGCAGAGCUGGAGCCGCGUCUACUGCGCUCUCGCCCAGGUAGCGGCGGCCCGGAGGGGGGCGGGCGGGGAGGAGGGGCGGGCCUCACCGCUGCCUCGGGAGCUCAGGCGACGCCCCGGCGAGGCCGCGCUCCGACCUUGGGCCCGGUCGGGUCUUGGCGCCUCUGGCAGGCAGCUGUUCAACAGGGGAAGCUCCGAGGCGGAGCACCUGCUUCGCGGGCGGGAAGCCGCUCCGGGUCGCGGCUGUGAGGGGGAAUCGGCCGCUGUGCUCCCCCCUUGGGAGUCCCGUCGGGGCUACAGCCUCCCCGCCGCCCCCGAGGCCGAUGGUCGUAGUGCGGCGACGUGGGGCGCCCUGAGGCCGAAGAAAGAGCUGUGCUUUAGGCGGUGAUCAGCCCGUAUGGUCUGAAUUGCAGAGUUGGAAAGGGACCACGGGGGUCAUCUUAUUUUUAUUUUAUUUUAUUCAGUUAAUUUAUAUACCGCCCUCUACCCGAAGGUCUCAGGGCGGCUCACAGAACAAGGUCAACAUAUAAAGCCACAACAGAUAUAAUCAAAAUAAAAACAACAACCCAGUAACACCCCACAAAGAGCCAUAUUUUAAAAGGGCAUAGCAUCUAGUCCAACCCCCUGCACUACAGGAAUCUUUUGCCCAACGUGGGGCUCGAACCCACUGCCCUGAGCUGGAGCAUCACUUGCUCUACCAAUUUAGCCAUCCCAGACCAAACACUGUUUGGUGUAAGACAAUUUUUGUGUGUUCCUUUAUCAUGGAAUCGUAGAGUUGCAAGAGAUCUGGAGAGUCAUCUAAAUCCAAUUCUCUGUAAUGUAAGAAUCUCAACUUGCAGCUCCCCCCUCCCAAAAAAAAAUCCAGUUUGAAACCAUACUGGACCCUGAUUAGCUUUGCUGUUUUAUUGGGGCAGGAAUAAGAAGUUUUAUUCGCCGCUAUGAAGUUUUUAUUGCCGCUGCAGCAACACAACAACUGUACGCUGUCAUCCGCUCCAGAGCAGCAACAAAACUCUGCAACUGUCCCACUGGUUUGAUUUCACCCCCAAAGAUGCACAACUCAAUUGCCUCCCGAGACAGAUGGAUUUCAACAAGAAGACGAAGCUGCCCUUUCCAGCUUGUUAUGCACAUGGAGCGUUGGGGCAGGGCAGAGGAGAGAAGGCCACAAAACUUCAAAAGCCCAACAGCUGUUAGUGCUGUGGUGGCCAUUUCAUAGAAUUGCAGUGUUGGAAUUGGACCAUGAGUGCCAUCUAGUCCGACCCCCUGCAAUGAAGGAAUAUUUUGCCGAAUGGGGGGCUCGAACCCAUGACCCUAAGGUUUAAGAGUCUCAUGCUGUACUGACUGAGCUAUCCCAGCAGGUGUAUUGCACCUUGCAUCUAGUGUAGGCUGCAGUAUACCGUAUUUUUCGCUCUAUUAGACGCACCGGACCAUAAGAUGCUCUUAGUUUUUAGGGGAGGAAAACAAGAAAUAAGAAAGCAAUGCAAAGCAUCCUAAGCUAAGAGGGAACGCUCCUCCCUCUUCGCUCAGGAGGCUUUGCGGGGCUAUCCCUGAAGCCAGGAGAGCAAGCGGGAUCGGUGCGCACCGAUCUCUCUUGCCCUCCUGGCUUUCCCCCCACCUCCUGCAAGAGCCGCACGCUCUUUAAAGGGAGCACGGCUCUUGGGGACUUUUGCAGGAGGUGGCAGAAGGGACAGAGCCACGUGCUCUGUCCCUUCCCCCACCUCCCACAAAAGCCAGGGAUAGCCGCGAGAAGCCUCUGCAGGGCAGCGGGAUGAAGGCUCCCCGCUGCCCUGCGGAGGCUUCACGCCGCUAAGGCAGAAGCUAGAACAGCUAGAGGGAGCGCUGUCAGGACUGGCUGACUGGGGAAGCCCGGGUUUCCCCCGCCAGCCCCAAGGAGCGGCUCGGGAGCGUGCCGCACUCUGGCAAUUUAGCUCCAGGGACCCCACAUUCGCUCCAUAAGACGCACAGACAUUUUCCCCUUAGUUUUUAAGAGGAAAAAAGUGUGUCUUAUGGAGUGAAAAAUACGGUAUAUGCUGCUGCUUCUCUCUCUGCUGGGGUGGGUUUUAAGUUCCCCCUUAGCUGAGGAGAAGGUGUCAGGGUAGUUUGAGAGAGGCAAGGAGGACUCUGCUACUGUUUUGACCACCAAGCCAUGCUGCCUGUGCUAGUGGGUGGUGAAUGGGCUUGGCAUCUUUGUAUGUGGUUGUAGCAAACCUAAGCAAGAAACAUGGGCUGGUAAGAGGGGGAUUGCAGCAGCUUCCUGCAAAUUUAUUCUUACCAUCUCUUAAAAAAACAAACAAGAAGCCUCCUUUGACUUGGCAAUCCUUUGAUCUACUUAAUUCUACUUUGCAUUAUUUGUUUCUUUUUAUGGAAUCUGCGUCUGAGCCUGGUAGAGAGGCUUAUUCCUUUGACUUUUCUAGGAGGAGAAUUCAAAAAGAAGAGGCUCUUCUUCUGUCGUAUUCUGAAAUAAAGGACAUAUUUUGUUAGCUGUUCUGCACUAGAGAGUAUGAUAAGAGAUGCCAGGCGGUCUGCGAGGCCUUUUGCAUCCUCCACAGAGACCUUUGGUGUUCAAAAGUUGUCAGUCUUUGUAUUUUCUAAUAAGUCAGAGGUCAAAAAGAAGUGAGGAAGUGUUGACUUGUGGAUUUAUCUGUACAUAGACUUUGCCACCUCCUAUCAGCAGUGAAAGGCAGUGUUCAGAACAGGUGCUCAUUAAAAUAGAUUUCAGUGGAACUUUCCCAACAUUUAUUUUUCUAACUCCAGCAGCUAAUGAUGCAUAGUAAACAAAAGUGUUCCUUAGUGUGCAGAAAUCACACAAGUGAGGCAGGGUUUUUACCAAUACACUGUGAUAAUUUCCACCCCACCCUAGUUGUUUCAAAUGGUAAAUACAGAUAUUGAGGAUCUGAAGAAGGAAAUGACCCAUAGAAAGUAUGAUUCCUUAGGAACUAAAGUGGGAGUACAAGUGAAGGUUUUAAAAUGAAUUUUGAAUUUUAAUGAGUUUAGUUAAUCCUGUAACAAUUUGUUUGUUUCUUUAAUACAUAAACUAUCCUUAAUGGAGAACAUAAAUUUAUUUCUUAUUGUUUUUCAAAUCAGAGAAACCAUUUUAACCGGAUCCAGCCUGGCUUACAAGGCAUUUCUGUAGUGCCUUUAAGAACCUAUGCUGACCAAGGUAAAUAUUAUGUAACUUUAAACAAUACAUUCAAUAGCCACAUCAAACUGUACAUUUAAAUAUUUUGGGUCAUUGUUUCGCCAUUUCUGCCUAUGUGAUGUUCCUCAGGAUUAUUAAGAUGUUACUACAUUGUGAAAAGUUGCAUCGUUGCCUGACCAACACAUGAAGAUUGCUUCUCCACAUUUUUUGUGGUAGCAAUGCAGAUUCCAGAAGAGCAAAAAAAAAAAAUUGUUUUCCUUCAAGAUACAUGGAAGUAGUGACUGGAAAGGAUCAGGCCCCUUUUCCAUGUAUUUAAGAGGAAAAUACAGCUGAGAUACCACAAACAUUGUGUUACAAUACUUCAAGCUUACCGAUGUAUUUUUGUGAUUUUAGCUAUAAUAAAAAAGAUGAUGAUAAAUAACAAUUCUGUAGCCAUGGAAGACUGAUCGGUCAGAUUGCUUACUUGGAUUGUUGUAUCAGUUGUUAUUGUGCCUGUAGGCUUUUUUUUACUGAAAUAUCUUUUAGUGGACUAUCUUGCAUUAUUAUGUUGUACACUGUCUUGGUAACUUCUGGUUUUAAGCCAGUAUAUAAAUAAUUUUAAUAAAUAUGUAAUCAUGUAAAUGUCCUCAUACAUCUCUUAAGUAUGUGCAAUUAAUUGCAUUGGAACACAUGCAAAUGGACUUUGAUUGCAUUCCAAUCAAAAUUAAUGCAGCACUGGUACAUGUUCAGAAACUUUCUUCUUUUUAAAUGGAAAGAAUUGCAUUGCUUUCUCCCAUUUUAAAGAAUAGGUAGAGGGAUUGUAUCCAAGAAACAUACUCUGGGCAGACCCACUGAAAAAAAGGGACUUAGUCAUGUUCGUUGAUUUCAGUGGAUCUGCUUCAAUGGAUCACACAACCCUGUGUGAUCUCUUUUUCUGUCUGAAAUAUUUGACUGGAAAAAUUUUUAAUGUAAAAUAUUUUCUUACAUCUUCCACAUCUUAUAAACAUCUGACAUCUUUUUCUGUCAGUUGAUGCCGAUGUUACUGUCAUUGGAUCUGGCCCUGGAGGGUAUGUUGCAGCAAUCAAAGCUGCUCAACUUGGUUUUAAGGUAAGGAAACAGGUUGAGAAGAAUCACAUAAUGUAGCCGUGGCGCAGAUAAUCUUGCAGUUGUGGUUCUUGCAAUUAAGUCAAAAGGAAGACGACCAUUUGUAGCUUUGCCGUCUGUAUCUUGAAGAUGUAAAUUGGAUGGCUUUAAAAGAGGAUUCCAGGCAUAGGCAAACUCGGUCCUCCAGAUGCUUUGGGACUACAACUCCCAUCACCCCUGACCACUGGUCCUGUUAGCUAGGGAUGAUGGGAGUUGUAGUCCCAAAACAUCUGGAGGUCUGAGUUUGCUUAUGCCUGGAUUAGGCAAUUUCAUUGAGGGCAAGACUACCUGUUAGAAGCAGUAUGCUUUUGAAUACCAGUUACUGGAAACUGAAAGGGAGAGAGCGCUUUUGGGUCUUACGGGUUUCCCAUCAGCAUCUGGUUGGCCACUGUGAUAAAGCUCAACUAGAUGGGACAUUUGCCUGAUCCAGCAGGAUCCCUUGUGAUCUUCUGAAUUGCCUGCAGUCUAAAGAACCUGCUAUACAAACUUGGGGGAAAGAGUUGUUUGUUGAACAAAAGCUGCAUCACAUUGGAAAGGUAAUGUGCAGACUUCACUUGGCACAGAUAGAAGGAGGCUAAAUAUGCCAGAUACAUCUAAUAAAUAGAGAAUACACAUUAUAGCAGGCUGAUUUUGAAAUAAAAGCUUUAAGAAUAAACUCUUCAGCAGUGUGUCUCUUUCAUAUAGAGAUGUGGCUUUUAUUAUGUACAGUGGUACCUUGGGUUACAUACGCUUCAGAUUACAGACUCCGCUAACCCGGAAGUAGUACCUCGAGUUAAGAACUUUGCUUCAGGAUGAGAACAGAAAUCGUGCUCCGGCGGCGCAGCAGCAGCAGGAGACCCCAUUAGCUAAAGUGGUGCUUCAGGUUAAGAACCGUUUCAGGUUAAGAAGGGACCUCCAGAACGAAUUAAGUACUUAACCCGAGGUACCAGUCUAGUAGACAAUAAUGGUGUCUUUGAAUCAGAUAAGGUUGUAUCAGACAUUUCUUCAGAAGGAGAUCUGUGAUGCUCUGUUUCUCUCUAGCAGUGAUGGAGAACUUAUGAGUCGCUAGAUGUUGUUGCAAUCCAACUCUGAUCAGCCCUGGUCAGAAUAGCCAUUGGUUAGGAACAAUGGGAGCUGUCUAACGAAAUGAGCGUUUUGCUGUUAGAAAAAACGCUUAUAGGAGUAUUCUAAAAAAAGAAAGAAAAAAGAAUGAAUUGUUUGAAAAUAAAAGUGUAGGAACCCAUUGUGGCCUGUUUGAUCUAUGGAGGGGAGACUGUUUUAUGAAAAUUCCUUCUCCUUUUAAUUCUUAGACUGUCUGUGUGGAGAAGAAUGCAACACUAGGAGGGACCUGUCUGAAUGUGGGAUGCAUACCUUCUAAGGUAGGUACAGUUUUUAGUUCUCACCUUGUGCUGUAUCUAGAUUGGAGGAACAUCUACAUUCAUUUUUGCACAGAAGUUCUACUGGGGCUCAUCAGCUUCAUGGUGGGAAAAUACUUAAUCAAAUCGUUGUCAUCAUCAUUUUAUUUGCAUGCUGCCUUUCCAUAGUUAAAGCCAAGAAAAGAUUUAUAUAAUCACAAGCAUAACAGAAGUAGUCAUAAAUAAAUAAAGCUCUUCAAAAAGUACACAGCCAGGGCUGGCUUACCCAUAAACCCUGGGGUGCAGGGCACUCAGGCACCAGGCUCUCAGGGGCGACAGGGCGAGAGUCCAGGGCUGAGAUUUGGAGUCCGGGAUUGAAGAGCCAGGCCAGCCGACAGCCACCACCAAGCGGAGCAGAGCCCAUUGGAACGUCGCAGGCUUUUCUGCUGCGGGCACUGAGGUAGCCAGUCGGCUCCGCCCUCCUGCGUGCCUGGAUUGGUGCAGCUUUCCUCCCUCCCCACAGUGGCAUGGGAGAGAGUUGCGUGCCCCUCAAAAGCUCAAAAACGAGCUGCCCCCCUAAAAAAAGCUCAACAACUUUGGCCACCCCCUCUGCCAAAAAUGGCCCUGUAUACAGCUGAACUGAAAAAAAUUCCACAUAAUUAAUAGAAGAUCUAAAAAUAAAGAUACAAAAAAAUUCAAUAUCAAUAACAGCAACAAGAACUCCUAAACAGUAGCCCUACCCAAGAGUCUGUUCAGCAGCCUCAGCUUUUGUUGUUGGAGUCAGUCAGGCCAAGUGGGAAAAGGCAGGGAGCAGGUCUUCCAGGACUCACAGCCAAUACGGUCCCACAGUAUGAGAAGUCAUGAAUUGUCGUUUUGCAGUCCCUUUGGUGUGUUGGCUAGUGUGUCAGACCAUAAUUAGGACAGAGAGGCUGAGCAUGGAAACUCAAGAGUGACCUUACGUGAAUUGUAGCUGUGAGGAUUAAAUGGAUGUGGGAGAAUCAGGUACCUGAAGCCCUUGGAGGAAAGGCAGGGUGGAAAUGUAACAGAUAUUAGUAUUCAGUUUUUAAUGGGAUUAUAUCCUCCUCAGCAGAAGAAAGGAAAAGCGGUUUCACCUUAAAUGGCUGGUUGUUGCCAGGAUCUGGUAGUCAGUUCUUUGCCAGCACAUUUGUUAUUUAAGUCAACCUGGCCAUCAAGAUUUAAUCAUGGGGCCUAACAAGCAGCAGCUAACUACUAACAAAUACAAAAUACAAAUAUAUAAGAUAAAUAAAUACUAUUUUAUUUAAUCUAUGCCUUGGAGGCUGGGUUUGGCUGCUGUGCAUGAUGCAUCCAGCCAGGUAUACUCUAGACCAGAUGUUCUUAAACUAUAGUCUGCAGAUCACUGGUGGUCUGUGAGUUCCAUUCAUGCAGCAUGCCUGAUAGGUCGUGGAACAGUAUUUGACCCUACACUUGAUUAUUAUUUUUCUGACAGUGGAGGUUUGGCUGUUUUGAUCAUGGUCAGAUUAAAGAGCAGGCUAAUGAGGCUUUCUACUAAGGCUUCAAUUUUCAUAAUAUGGCACUGGUGCUGUCUAAUAUUUUCCCCCCCCCACUUUAAAUUUACCUGUAGAGGUAAGACUACACUUAUUAAAAUCUCAGUUAUGUAUGUGCUUUUAUUUAUAGAACCAAACAAGUUUAUUAGGUGAUCCACGGCCAGCAAAAAAAAAAAGUGCACAGCUUUACUUCUGGAAUUAGACAUAGAAUGUCCACAGGAGAAAUAUGAUACAAAGAAAGUAGUUGUCUUUUUAUUCUGGAAUCUGAAGUAUCAUUUUCUUUGAGCAUCUUUGUGACUUCCCAACUAAUUGGGUAGAAUUAAUGCCAAACACUAACCUUAUGCUGCUGCUGAGUUGAUAUUGCUCCUUUGUGUUGUUGAUUAAUUCCUGAUGAUUUUGUGAAAGUGACUUGCUUUUAGGUGUCCAGCUCAGGGGUCAGCAAACUUUUUCAGCAGGGGGCCAGUCCACUGUCCCUCAGACCUUGUGGGGGGCUGCACUAUAUGUUGCCAUGAUUAUGACCUGCAUUCUUGGCAAAAACCCUUAUUGGGACCAACCCAAACAUUGCCCAAAUGUGUGUAUUUUUUGGUGGGGAGGGGGUGUUCCCUCAUACACCCACACUGCUUCCUUUACGUGUUGACAGUUAUUAUUUCUCUCAUAGUGGGGGCUGGGGGCUGAGGUAAGCGCACCAUUCCUGUCAGCUCUGGAGAGCGUGUGCGCAUGCGUGGGUCAAGGGAAAAGCCGUUGGCUACGCUAAGUCAGGCCAGCGCCGCUCAAGCAAAAGUGUUCUUUUCCCCAUGUGAGGGAAGACGAGGCAGUGGCUGUUUACUUUUCCAUGUAGCUAAUGAGUGGCCUCCCCAGCAGGGCACAGAACUGCUUCGGAGUUCAGCCACUGAGGCUCUCCCCGCUUCCUCCGGCAGGAAGCACCGCCGCCACAGACACUGGCGAGCGCCACUCCCGAGGCACCACUGAGCCCCUGCCGCCAUAACCGCCCUUCCUGAAGUCAGUCACUGGCAGCUCCAUGGUGGAAAUCCAAACUGGGGCUCCUUUUCCCUCUUCCCCAUCCCCCACCCCGGAAGAAAAGAUUGCUGUGCGGGUGUGACGAACGGAAAAGGGGCUUGUCUCGAGCAGCUGUCCGCCUCAUUUUGACCCCCAAGGCUGGCUGAGUUGCAAAAACCAUCGUGUGCGCGCUAUGCCGGCUGCCUGGAUUCCCAGACCGUCCACGGGCCGGAUCUAGAAGGCAGUUGGGCCUGAUCCGGCCCGCAGACCUUAGUUUGCCGACCCACGAAAGUUACAAAGAUGUAUCAUUGGAGCAUUGGUUCACACAUGCACCUAUGUCACUUGAUUACUUCAUGGCAAGCAGCUGAUUGUGUGAACUGACUCCCUUGAAUAACAUUGCAUUUGAGAUAAUGUGAAUUGAUUAGGAAGUUCUUUGUGGAAACUUAUGUAGUCCAUUCAGACUUCCAUUCAUUCAUUCACUUGAUACUGCAGGCAUCAAGUGCUGAACAUGGUGGUGUUUUCCUGAAAAGCAAUGUGAAAUUACUUCAUUCUGAUCUUAGGAUAAAUAGUAGUGAUGUCAUACUAUAGCAAGGGUGACUUAACCCAUGCUCAUCCAAAUGUUGUUGGACUCCAACUCCCAUCAGCCCCCGUCAGUCCAACGAUAUCUGGAAGGCUGCAGGUUAGCCACUCCUGAACUUCAGUACAGUGGUGCCUCGCAAGACGAAAUUAAUCCGUUCCGCGAGAGUCUUCGUCUAGCGGUUUUUUCGUCAUGCGAAGCAAGCCCAUUGACAGAUUAGCGCUAUUAGCGGUUUAGCGGCUAUUAAAGGCUUAAAGGCUUAGGGGAUUAGCUGCUAAAAGGCUAUUAAAGGCUAUUAAAGGCUUAGCAGAUUAGAUAAAGGGGGGGGAAAGCGAAAAAAAAAUUUCAAGACUCGCAAGACAUUUUCGUCUUGCGAAGCAAGCCCAUAGGGGAAUUCGUCCUGCGAAGCAACUCCAAAACGGAAAACCCUUUCGUCUAGCGGUUUUUCCGUCUUGCGAGGCAUUCGUCUUGCGGGGCACCACUGUAAUCUUUUAGUACAAUAUCCCCUGUGGAAAUUACAUGCUUAGUUUAAUUUUGUUUUAUGUUUCAGGCCUUACUGAACAAUUCACACCUGUAUCAUUUGGCCCAUGGAAAAGAUUUUGCUAGUAGAGGAAUCGAGGGUAAGUAUGAAAUACCAUCUGUUGACAUUCCGAAUAUCCUGGUUCUGCUGUGCCUAGUGCAUAGUGAGAUAAUUUAUGGGAUUGGAUAUUGGGUUAGACUGCUGCAUCCUCUUAAGAUAGUGUAAAGCCCUAAGUAUAGGGAGUCUACUCUGCAUAUUUAACAGGAUGCAGUGCAUUAAAUAAUGUUAAUUAAAUUAAAAUUAUAUAUCUCCAGAAACUUGCCAGGCCAAUACUUAGCUGGAAACCUGUACAUUACUUUGGUCUAAGCUACUGGGUAGAAUAUUGUCCGCGAGUUGCUCUUGUCUGUAGAGGAAAGGGCAAAAGACUUAAAUUUUGAUAGAAAGAAUUGUGCUUAACAUUCCUUGCGCACAGCAGGGCUUUCACAUGCUUCCUGGUGCAGCCCUGUGUUCCGUUCCCCAAGCUGCUCCUGUGGGUGGGAUUUGAUAAAUCACUGCUUGAUUUAGAGCAGGUGGGAGAAUAAGCAAUGUUCUUCCACCCUCUGCAUGAAAAAGCAGAAUGUUCUUUGGCUUUUGAAGCCUUGCCUUUCAGUUUUGUUCUAAAUGAAAGCUAAAAAUUCAGGGAAGCAGCCUGAAAGAGUCAGGUCAUUCCAUGGCUAUGGUCUUGAUUCUGAUCUAAGCAAACUUAAAUCAUUAGAAAAUAUAUAUUUAAGCCAAUUUUAUAGGUCUGCUUCUCUUUCUUUUAGUCACCAUGCCAUGCUGUAUGUAUUAACCUGUCUUCUGAAUUCACAGAAAUAACCCUAACAUUUUAAACGUUUCUUGCAACAGGCAUCUUCUUAGAAGAGGCAUGCUCUCCUAUGUGAAGGAAAGGGGAGGAGGGCUUUAUUUAAGAAAAAUCAGAGACACCUUUUAAAUGGAUAAAUUGAAAUGAUAAAUAAACUGAACAUUGUUUUAUUAUUCAAGACAUUUGUAUUCCCCCCUUUUAAUAGUGCUUUCAAGGUAGUUAACAAAUGAAAAGUAAAACAAAUUAAAAUUACUAAGUCCAAAAUGUUACAGAAUAGUCUAUCAGUAAAAAAGCAAUUAAGAUAUCACCAGCAGCAUAAAGGAUACAUCUUCCACUAAAAGCUUGGAAUAAUAGUGCAUCUAAUAGAACUGUAAGAACUUUGCCAUGUGCUUAGGUCUGCAAAAAUAAAGACUUUGUUAUGUUUGCACAUAUUUAUAUAGUUACAGGACUCAAAUUGAAUUUAGAGAAGAUGAUGGAGCAGAAAAGUGGUGCAGUCAAGGCCUUAACAGGGGGCAUUGCUCACUUGUUUAAACAGAACAAGGUACGUCUGGAUUCUGAACCAAAAGCAGUUUACUGCUUGCGCUAUUCCUGGCCAUUUCUUAGUCGCUUUAGAAGUUGAUGCUGGUGUAAGUUGCCGCUUUUUGGUUGCCAGGACGGCAGCCCAAUUUACAGGGAGUGGACCCAUUGAAAUUGAUGGAUGUUGCCUGAGGGUGAUUCACGUUGGCUAUUGCCCAGAGAUUAGUGGUUUUAAUCCCGUCUUCAAAUCUAAACUGAUAGUUCUUGGCGAGAGAAGACAGAGCAAUAAUUAACUCCUUUUGCUCAGAUAUAUAGUCUGAACAUGGUCAAAUACAUCCCCAAAGAACCACAGGAUGAAGUUUUCUUGACUUGGUUAGGAUAUCAUGGGCUGCAUAUCCACUAGCAACUGCUGAAGGUGGAAGCCCCAUCAAUAUGUGUGCUGUUUACAGUUUCCCCCGUUCUUUAAAGGCUUGCCAGCCAUCUAAUCUGCUUCAUAUGUAGGCCAAGCUUCUUUUCAAAGUGAAUAUACUGAUUUAUAUACUUUCUUCACACUUUUAAAAACAGGUGGCUGGCUGGCAUCCUCUUGGGUGUUCUUGGGAAUCACUGGGACCCGCAUGCUGAUAGGAUAAAGUUGUACUCAUUAAAUGCACGGAAACUUAAAGAGUUGUUUGCUUAGAUUAAAAACACUAGUGUGUGCCACAAUAAAAAACUGAAACAUCUCAUGUGUGCCCUGUGUCACAAAAAAUAGAAAAAGCUUUUUACUCCAUCAGCCUCUGUGUAUCAGAUUUCAGUGCCUCCUUUUAAACAGGGUAAAGAAUAACAUUACUGCAACCUGAAAUGUUUCUUAGUUAAUUUUGUUUAACAAGAGCUUUCUUUUUUGAAGGUGACACAUGUUUCUGGGUUUGGAAAAAUAACUGGCAAAAACCAGGUCACCGCAACGAAAGAUGACGGCAGCACUCAGGUCAUUAAUACAAAGAACAUCCUCAUAGCCACUGGCUCAGAAGUAACACCUUUCCCGGGAAUUACGGUAUGACUUGAUUUUUAAACUUUUUUACUGGUGUGCUCACUGCUUACUUGCCAUUGAUUGACUGCAAAAACGGGCCAGCAAACCCAAAUUUUCAGCUGUGCUUGGCAUGCCCUGAGUCAAGAAAUCUUCCUCCCUCUCCCUGCCCUCAAUCAGAUACAUGCCUAACAUUGUAUUGGGAUCAGAAAUUCUUUUUUUUUAUAUAAGAUAUUUAUUAGGUUUUUUGAAAUAUUACAGUAAAAAUGAAAAAGAAAAGAGAAAAAUACAAAAUAAAAACAAUUAAAAACACAUAUUUCCAGUUACUUAUUUUCCUUUAGCUUGUUUCCCGGACCUCCUCGUACCUCCCUUUUUUGUAUUCCACUUCAAUUUAUUGGUUCAGCAAAUCCUUACCAUUAGAUUUUAACCCAUUUAUAACCCUUUUUCCCAUAUUCUUAAAGCAUUACAGCUAGAAACCACUUAGUUACUAUCCAACAUCAUUCUAUCAUUCAUUAAUUUUACAAUAUUUCUGUAAGUAGACUUUAAAUUUCUUCCAAUCUUCUUUCACCGACUCUUCUCCCUGGUCUCGGAUUCUGCCAGUCAUUUCCGCCAAUUCCAUAUAGUCCAUCACCUUCAUCUUGGGAUCAGAAAUUCUUAACCCUUUUCUACCCCUGCAACAGAUAGCUCUCAGGUGCCGUUGUUUGGUCUUUUAAUAUGUUGCAGUAACAAGUUAUAAUUUUCCAGCGACAGGGCUGUCAAAUAGGAACAUUAGUAGUCUUUGUUGCUUCUGUUUCCAGUGUUAUUUAUGUUACCUUCCAUAGGUGUAAGAAUCAUGCUAGUUUGCUAGGACUUGAGUUGCAUGUGCUGGCAAAUUAGGCUGAGGUCCCUUCACCUUGCACAGCUACAGCAAAGGUAGACAGGAGGGCUUGUGUGAUGAAGGGAGCCUGUUGCUAGGCAAAGAGUUGUAUCCACUUAAGUCCAUUGAAAUUAAAAGGCCCAAGUUAGUUCUGCCCAUUCCAUUCAGGGGGUCUCCUCUGUGUGACUAACGUUGUAUACAAUCCAGAAUGAAGAGGAUCAUUUCUGGAAAAGUGCCAUCGAGAGUUGGUUUCAUUUUCUAGCUGCUUCUGUCCUGUGCUGAUGUAACUAGUUGAAUGGCAAGAAUAGUGCACCAAAACAACAAGGGUUAAGCCAGGCUUCCGAGUUCAAAUGUAAUAGCAAACCACACUUGAUAGGAAGCCAAGAUUUGUAAGCCAGCAGCAAAACAUGGUUUCAAAUGGUGGUUUGCUGCCCUGAAUUAAACCAUGGUUAAGUUCAGAGAAACCAUAAUUAGGCCAGGUCAAACUUUUCUUGCUUAUGGCCAGAGGUGUUUGCAACAUGCAAACUAGCUCAAAUAUAUAUUGUGCAACAAAUCCCGUUUGCAAUUACAAAUAGGCUAAACACCCCAUGGUGUGGUAGCUGUUAAAUAUUCACUUCUGGGAUCAGAGGAAAUUGGGUGUGUUAAUAGUGGUAUGGCUGUUGUCUUACAUACAACCUUGAAAAAAAUGUUGGCAUUUUAUACACAGUGUAUGCUUUUAUGCAAAAGUCUCAUAUUUGGGGGAAAUUGUUUUUCUUUUGUUUAGAUUGAUGAGGAUACGGUUGUAUCAUCCACGGGGGCUCUUUCUUUGAAGCAAGUCCCUGAAAAAAUGGUGGUCAUCGGUGCAGGAGUCAUUGGUGUGGAACUGGUAAGAAGCGUUCUACCUCCUUUUAACAUUCCUAGUUGACAUGCGAAAAAAUAUUUCUGGGCCUCAUGCAGUUGCCUGUAGGGGUCUAUUGGGCUGUCGGGAGUCACACAAACCAGUCAAGGUACUAAGGAAACGUGGGUUGAAUAAACCAGUGCCCUUCUAUAGGGGCUGCUUAUACGGCUGUUAUGACUCUUGCAAUCGCAGAAAUAGUUUUCCAUAUGGCAGCAAUUGUGCAAAUAGCAGCAGCUCUCUGUUCACUGGCAUGUGGAGGUGCCACACCACCCCGGCUUUAUUUCUAGGCCGUUCUGGUUUGCAGCCUUGCAUGCUUGCACGAUCGAACACAUGGGGCUUAGUGAAUAUUUGCACAGGGCUGGUAUAUAGCAGGGCUUCUGCAGGACUGGAAGCCUUUGAAUUACAAUUAAAAAUUCUGCUGUUAUUCCAAGACCUAUUGGGAAUCCUCCAGUUUGGGAGCUGUGGCUCCCAGCCAGUUGGAAGUUUCCCUCCAGAAGAUGUUGAACUCCCAACUCCCAUCAGCCCCAGCUAUUAUGGCCAAUGGACUCAGGUGAUGGGAGUUAGAAUCCAAUAACCUCUGGAGGACCACAGGUUCCCCAUUCCUGGUUUAUUGUGUUCCUAGUUAAGGAAAUUUAUCGGUCAGUGAAAUUGUCAUGAAAGUGUAGCAGGCGUUGUGCAAAAGAUUACAAAACAUUCCCGGGCUGUUUAAAGAUUUCUGGUGGAGUUUAAUCUUCCAUGGUUGCCAUUAGUCAAAUGAAUUUGUAGCAAAAGCAAUACACAGGAGCUAUAAAAUCACUCCCUCCCUUUUUUAAAAAAAAAAAUUAAAGUAAAAAUGGGCUUGUUUACAUCGCAGGGUUCAGUCUGGCAGCGUCUCGGUGCAGAUGUGACAGCUGUGGAGUUCUUGGGCCACGUAGGUGGAUUGGGUAUUGAUAUGGAGAUAUCUAAGAACUUCCAGCGUAUUCUCCAGAAGCAAGGCUUUAAAUUUAAACUGAAUACUAAAGUUACCGGUGCUACCAAGAGACCCGAUGGAAAGAUUGAUGUUUCGUAAGUAUGUACGCAACUAUGUAAAUAUGUAACUUAAAGAAACUGGUUGUCUUCUCUUUAUAAAACCUAAAUUAGCCCCAGAUUGGACUUGGGAUCAAGGGAGUGGUGGAAUUACUGGCAUCUAUAUACAGUUGUACUUCAUUUUGCGGCCGGGAUCCGUUCCGGAGCGCCAGCCACUAGCCGAAAAGGACGCAUGGCAAAGCGCCACAUCUGUGAACGUGCGCAGAGCGGUUUGUGCUUAUGCGCAAAGCGCAAUUUAUCACUUCUGCGCAUGCGUGAGCGGAAAACCCGGAAGUAACCCUUUCCAGUACUUCCGGGUUUGCUGCGGACAUUUGCCGGAAUGGAUGCUAGACAAGGCGGACGUUCACGGAGGUAUUACUGUAUAUGAGACUGAUUCAUCUCUGGAAACAUGUUUACAGAAUUGUAGCUUUUGGCAUGGAAAGUGUAUAUUAUAGAAUCAAAUAUACUGGGUUGUAUCUGUCUGAGUCACGCUCAGGGAGUAGACCCACUGAAAUAACGUUAUUCUGGUUCAUUGAUUUUUUUUCAGUGUCGCCCAGUGUGGUGCCGUCUUAAGUGUUGUGUUGGGUUUCCAUUCCCACGUGCUGCUGCUGCCAAAGCCUCCAUAACCUGCAAUGUAAAGUGACAGGUUCCAGUGAGAUCUCAUGAGAUUUUGCUGCAGUCUCAUUGGAAGUAGUGGUGUUUCUCUGCAGGCGGUGCUCCCACUGCCUGAGGCGACUAAUUCACCCUGCCUCAUGGCCGGAUAUCCCUGCUGACCAUUGGCUAGGCUGGAUGGGGUUGAUGGAUGUUGGAAGUCCAACAUCUGCAGAGCUACUGCUGACAUAGUAGUAGUAGUAGUAAUAAUAAUAAUAAUUGAUUAUUUAUACCCCGCCCAUCUGGCUGGGCUUCCCCAACCACUCUGGGCAGCUUCCAACAAAAUAUUAAAAUACAGUAAUGCAUCAAACAUUAAAAGCUUCCUUAAACAGGGCUGCUUUUCGAUGUCUUCUAAAAGUCUGGUUGUGGCGAUCACACAGGGCCCCCGGACGUUUGACGGUCUAUUGACCCUGUGCCACCACUGUAAUUGCUUUCUUCGCUGCCAGCAACCCGUUUCUCCUCACGGGUACACACGGAGUCCAGUCAGUUGUUAACAUUAACAAAUAAUCAAGUUUAUUUUUAUAGGCACGAACAAGCUUAUGGUUACAGUUAAUUUUGCUUGGCAGUUUCUUAAUCUUAGUUCCUUAACUGUCCUAUUCAUUCCUAACAACUUCAAACUGAUUAUCCCAACUAUCUAUCUAUCUGACUCCAUCUAACAAUUCCUCUCACAACACAACUCGACCAACCCACAGACUAUUCCUCCCUCUUCCUUCUUCAACCCCCAACCCUCAACUGACUUCCACACAACUCUGCCUCUACUCUAACUCCUCCUAUCAGUUUCCACUGGCCAAUCACAUCACACUCAUUUUAACCCUUUCCUUAUGACCCACCUAGGAGGCAAACGGCACACUGGUAGUUGUUGUUCUCUUUGACAUCUGGUGGGAGGGCGUUCCACAGGGCGGGUGCCACUACCAAGAAAGCCCUCUGCCUGGUUCCCUGUAACUUGGCUUCUCGCAGUGAGCAAUCGCCAGAAGGCCCUCGGCGCUGGACCUCAGUGUCCUGGUAGAAUGAUGGGGGUGGAGACGCUCCUUCAGAUAUACUGGACCGAGGCCGUUUAGGGCUUUAAAGGUCAGUACCAACACUUUGAAUUGUGCUCGGAAACAUACUGGGAGCCAAUGUAGGUUUUUCAAGACCAAUGUUAUGUGGUCUUGGCGGCUGCUCCCAGUCACCAGUCUGGCUGCCGCAUUCUGGAUUACCGUAUUUUUCGUCCCAUAGGACGCACCGGUGUCCAUAGGACACACCUAGUUUUUUUGGGGGGAAAUAAAGGAAAAUUCCCCCCCCUUUAUUUCCCCCCAAAACCAGGUCGGGGAAUCCAAACCAGGUCGGGGAACAGCGGGAUGACGGCGCUGCGCCUCCCCGCUGUCCCCCGAGCUUGUGGGGCUGCCCGAUGUCUGCCCGAAGCGCGGGGCGCUCUGCUUCAGUGCUCCCCGUGCUCCGUGCAGCAGGCUGCUAUCCGCAGCCUAGGGAGCCCUGUGGGAACUCCUGCGGGCUCCCCAGGCUUGCUGAUAGCUUCCUGAAGCCUGGAGAGUGAGAGGGGUCGGUGCGCACCGACCCCUCUCGCUCUUCAAGCUUCAGCAAAAGCCUGCAUUCGCCCCAUUCGCGUCCGCACACAGAUUUCCCCUUCAUUUUUGGAGGGGGAAAAGUGCGUCCUAUAGGGCGAAAAAUACGGGAGUUGUAGUUCAAAGGUAGCCCCACAUAGAGCGCAUUGCAGUAGUCCAAGCGACACCACUCUGGCGAGGCAGUCCGCCGGCAGAUAGGGUCUCAGCCUGCGUACCAGAUGGAACUGGUAAACAUAGGUGAUGUAAUCCAUUAGUUCAUGCUUAAAAAAACACACAACACAGACAAGUCCUCUUGGAGCUGCUAAUCUUGGAUAAUGACAGUUACUUAUGCCUCUUACACUGCACAAAUUGAAAUUUUUCUAAUGUAAUAGGCAUUGGCAUCCUGUUCACAUGUUCAAAAUCUGACAUGAGUUGCAUGUUUUAUCCUUCAGAAUUAAAGUGGCUGGAUAAAAACCACAAAGUUUAAACUUGCAUUUGUUACACUCUCGAUGUGUAGACUCUAUGCAUUUCACAAAAUUCCUAUGCAGUUUGAUUGUAUUGUUUGUGGCACAGCUGGCAAGAUUCAGAAGAGAGCUGGACAAUGCGUAGUCGAAACAAUUCGAAGGGGGGGUUAAGAGACAAUCCCACCUUUUCAUUAUAGACAUGGUGUAGUUGUGACAGUUAAUGAGAUGAUUAUAACAUUCCUUUAAGCUGUUUGUUGGAGAACUGCUGUAGUCACUUACUGUGACAUGAACGUAAAAAUGUGUAAAUCUAGUAUGGUUUAACUUUAAAUUGCUGUGGUUUUGCAGGGCCUUGACAUGUUAUCCGUGUAACGACCCAUAACUGUUAGAUAAAAAGGAGUGAUCGGGAUUCAUUGACAACAGGUGUACUAGCAGUAUGUUGCUUCUCUAUUCAUGAGGACUGCCCUACUCCUUUCCCCCCAGGAUUGAAGCUGCUGCUGGUGGCAAGGCAGAAGUGAUCACUUGUGACGUACUUCUGGUUUGUAUCGGGCGGCGCCCAUUCACUAAGAAUCUUGGCCUGGAAGAUGUGGGUAUUGAACUAGAUAAUAGGGGAAGAAUCCCGAUCAACAACAGAUUCCAAACCAAAGUCCCAAAGUAAGUGAAGUAAUCAGAUGGGUUGUUGGGCUGUUGGAAAUUGUGUUUUUCUGAGUUGCUAUUUUGAGUUUAAAUUUAAGAUUCAGUUGUAUUAGCAAGAUGGGUAUAAAAGCUGGUUGCAGUUUAGUGCGGGAGCAUUGGUUAAGUGGAGGAAUAUUUAUACUGUGUCAGAUUGUAACAAUCUCCUCUUUUGGCUUGUGUUACUCUUGCUUACAAUCAUAAUUAAUAUAUGCUAGAAAAGGAUGGCAAGAACAAGCCCGUUGGCCUUGGGCCUUCAUUUACCUUUGAGUUAAAAUGAGACUGCAGCUCAAAGUCAUUUUACCUUAAAAAAUGAAAAGUUUCAAAUUAGAUCAUAGAUUUGGCUCUUCAUUGUAUUUUUUAUUUAAUUUUUAGCCUCUUCCACGUAUAUUCAGGACAAUGGGUUACACUGUUACACUGCAUGUUUUUAUGUCUAUCUGCCUGUUUUUCUUUACUUGGCAGCAUCUAUGCUAUUGGCGAUGUAGUUGCUGGACCGAUGCUUGCUCACAAAGCGGAAGAUGAAGGUAUUUUGUGUGUUGAAGGAAUCGCUGGAGGUGCAGUUCACAUUGACUACAACUGUGUGCCCUCGGUCAUUUACACACAUCCUGAAGUUGCCUGGAUUGGAAAAUCGGAGGAACAGCUGAAAGAAGAGGUACUAUUCGGAGUUUCUUCUGUCCGCUCAUAGUAGAGCAGUGUGUCUAUGCCCUGGUAUGCAUGUGUCACUAAGCCAAACCACAGCUAAGCAUGAACUUAAUGAUUGUGCAGGUACUUGCUGCAAACAUCUCGGCCAGUUUGCUCCUCACCCAGUAGUUCUGCUGCCCAGAGUUAAACCAUAGCUUAGCUUAGAACAGUGGUUCUCAACCUGUGGGUCCCCAGAUGUUGUUGGACUACAACUCCCAUCAUCCCUGAGCUCCCCAGAUGUUGUUGAACUACAACUCCCAUCACCCCUAGCUAGCAAGGCCAGAGCUCAGGGAUGAUGGGAGUUGUAGUUCAACAACAUCUGGGGACCCACAGGUUGAGAAAGGCUGGCUUAGAAUACCAUCCAAACCCCAGGCUCUUGCUCCAGACAACCCAUGAAUUUUAAGAACUUUUCAGACUCCUGAAGGUAUUUUUUGCUUUCAACUGCUUUGAGCUUCACUAAAGAAUUAUUAUUAUUAUCUAUCUAUCAAAUUUGUAUACCUCCCCCAGGUCUGGCCACAUAAAAUCACAACAUAAAAACAUAAAAAACAAAAUAAAACCAAAGACAAGAAGAACCCAAUACCCCCCCCUUUUCUACAACAUGUUUUAAAAGGGCAUUGGAGUUCAGCAACAGUUAGCACUGCUCUCCUUUUUUGUUUGGAUCAUUUGAGGUGCUGUCUUCUUUUCAAAUCUAUUUUUAACUUUUGCAUUAAACCAUGGUUUGUUCAGGGGAGGCAAACCACCAGCCUGCGUCCCGACAUAAAGCUAAACCAAACCGUGCCUUAGUGGCAAGUAACACUGCACCAGAACAGCUGGGGAGAGGAGUGGAGCAAUGUGAUUUAUUUUUUUACUGUGAGUACCUGAAUGCUUGUGUGUUAACACUAAGCUAGCCAUAGCUAAAUGUGAUGUGCAAACUGGACUUGCAUUUCUUUUGGAGCAAAGGGUAGAAGAAUGGAUCUGGCAGUAGCAACUAUGUGCUUGAAUGUCAGUGUUUCUGUUUAUAGCGGAGAGGAGAGGGAGCCUUUCAUGAUGUUAUUGUUAUUGUUUUAGAUAGCUAUAGAGCAGCCAUGAGUCCACAAAGCCAGGUGCUAGGAAUCAUAGAUGUCGUUCAGUCCUGCUCCCAGAAACAAACCACUGUUAAAAGCUUGCAGAAGUGAGAACCCCAUGGAUGUUGGAAACAAUGCUGCUGCUGUUCUGAAUGUUACAUACGUGGUGUCAUACGUGUCUUCUGAGUGCUCUUCAGUUUUCCUGCCUUUUGUCCCAAAGUAGCAAGUGCUUUUCUGUAAGGUUCUGCUACGGCAGCCCCAGUGGAAAGAAAAUAAUUUGGGGAAAGGGGCUGUUUUGAGAGCGCCACUACCUUAAAUCAAGUGUCCACUCCCCACUCCAUAUUCUUAAGCAAUUGCAGCAGUUUCUGUACAUGGAUCUACAAUGGUCAUGUCUUCUUCGGACCUCAAGAAAAUGUAAACUGGGCUGCACUACAUCUGAUGGCAGGGUUGCAACUCCAGGACUGAAUGCUUCUCCACACAAAACAUUUGUGUUUGGGAGGCGGCUAGGAUAAAACCCUCUCCUGGACACCUAGUUUUCUAUGUAGGAAAUACUUUUGUGCGGAGCAGGAUGUGAGCAUCCCCUCCCUAACUUGGCCUUUCGGAGCUCAGAUGCAGCAAACUGCCAGAGAAGUCGUACUUUAGUUUUUCUGCCAGGUGCAGGAGAUAAUGUCCAGCUUCUCAGAACUGUCUUUUGCUUUCUAGGGGGUAGAAUACAAGAUUGGCAAGUUUCCUUUUGCUGCCAACAGCCGAGCUAAGACCAACGCUGACACAGACGGCUUGGUGAAGAUGCUAAGUCACAAAACAACAGACAGGAUGCUGGGAGCGCAUAUUUUAGGCGCAGUGAGUACUAUGCGGAAUCUGCACAUAGUGCUACAGAAUCUUGAAUGUAUUUGGUUCUGGUGGUCAGGAGUUCAUAAUAUGCAACCAUGUAUACUUCUGGCCUCAUUUGCUGGUGGCUUGUAAGACUUCAGAAAAAUGUUUAUAUCCCCAAGACUGUUUUGUUUACCACAGCUCAGUUGCUCUUCUUAUAUGCCUCUUGGUGUUCUGUGUACCUUUCCCUUCCAUAAUUCAAGAAGAUAACCUAAGAAUGCCACAACAAAUGAUGGAUUCAUGGGCAUUUUAAAUAAACACAUGCCUUCUUGCAUAACGUAGUCCACUGCAGAAUUUGAAUUUUUUUUGGAUUGCAGAUUUAAGGCUUUUCACAUGCUGGCUCCUAAAUCCCCAGUCAUGGUGUGCCAGUACCAUGUGCCACCACCAAGUGCGGCAAGGUGGACUUGGCCACAGUUUUGUGUUGUAUGAUUUUUCUCUUACUCCAUGCUUCUCAGUCUGAGGUUUUUGACAGUCAUGGCAUUCGCCAGCAGAAUGCAAUUCUUUAAAAGCAAACAACAAAAGCAAACCAGAACAUGAAAAAACCCAUCAUGCACACUGCGUUCAGAGCACUCUGUGUGCGGUGAUAAAAGCAUAUAAUUUGGUCUUAUGCACAACUUUAAACAUCCUGAGCGUCUCAACUUUCAUGGGGGUGGUGUUUUUUUAAAUAGCAUGUCUCCAGUCCUUAUGUCUAUGAAGCUAUGCUUGAAAGCAUGCAAACAGGCACCUAAACCCAGAUUUAUGAUACUAUUACAUACAAAUAUAAGCCAAUGGCAUCUUAGAAGUGCUGUUCCCCAGUUGCUUUCUCUCACAAGGUAACUCUUCAAAGAUGGCAGCUGAUGAAAUAUGCACAUGUAUAAUGUGUAAAUCUUGUGGGGGUUUUUAAUCAGUACUUGCAUAAUUUAAUGAAGAUUUCAUUGAUAGCCCUAAGCUUUUGCUAGGUGUAUCGUUGCUUACCUUAAGCAUUUACCGUAUUUUUUGCUCUAUAAGACUCACUUUUUCCCUCCUAAAAGGUAAGGGGAAAUAUGUGUGUGUCUUAUGGAGCGAAUGCAGGCUGCGCAGCUAUCACAGAAGCCAGAACAGCAAGAGGGAUUGCUGCUUUCACUGCGCAGCGAUCCCUCUUGCUGUUCUGGCUUCUGAGAUUCAGAAUAUUUUUUUUCUUGUUUUCCUCCUCCAAAAACUAGGUGCGUCUUGUGGUCUGGUGCGUCUUAUAGAGCGAAAAAUACGGUAAUGCAAAUCAGAUUUGACACCAAAUUUUGAUAAUCUUUUUAAAAAUACAGAAUACACAGAGCUCUAUUUAUAGUUCUCUGUACCUCUGCUUUUAAUUUUUUCUCAUAGAUUUAUUACUUGCAUCAUAAUAAUUUCUCUCCCUCCAGGGUGCUGGAGAAAUGAUUAAUGAAGCUGCUCUUGCAAUGGAAUAUGGAGCAUCGUGUGAAGAUGUUGCCAGAGUUUGUCACGCACAUCCAGUAAGUUGGUGUGAGCUGUCUAGUCAUUUUUGUCUCUGUGGGUUAAUUGAAGAUCCAGAUAAUUGCAAGGUUCCCCCCCCCAUUGUUGUUUAGUUGUGUCCAACUCUUCGUGACCCCCAUUACCUUUUCCUAAUUACUUUCUUUUGUUCUCAACAGACUGUGUCUGAAGCCUUCAGGGAAGCCAACCUAGCAGCAUCAUUUGGCAAAGCGAUCAAUUUCUAAAGCAAAAGGAUACAGUUAACGCACAAAGCAUAUUUUCCUUUGAAAACUGACAGGAGGCUUUGUGAAAAGCUGUCAUUUGAAAACUUCUGGGACUUAACUAAGUGAACUUUUCUUUUCAACAUGAGCUAUUUAAACAGAUUUGGGGUUGGGAAAUCACCCAACGGCUGUACAUUAAGUAUGUUUGCUUGUUUGUACAUUCUAGGUUUCUGCAGAAGACAAGCUACAGCAAUGACAGCUUAAGGUUGUAGCGUGCUUAAAAAGAGUCCAUCAUGUUCUUGGGCAAAAUAUAAUUGUUGAUACUAUCCAGUGUUGCUGUUCUGUCAUUGCUGAGGAACUGAUACUGUAAUAUCAUGAUACUUAAAAUAUGCCACUGUCACCUUUGCACAAUGCUGUCGUGGUAAUUUCAGUGAGAGGAAUAGCAAUAGGUUUCAACGCGUCACAAUCUUUUUAAAGUUAUUUUUUAACCAAGGCUAGUCUUUGUCUUGGCUCUUCUUGAUAUGUAGGACAAAAUGCGUACAGCUUGUUUUGCUCUGUGAACAGCCAUUUGUAUCGAUACGUUUUUUAAAAAUGGAAACACACCUCCAUUUUUGUGAAACUUAUUGAAAGAAAAUCAAGUUCUUUUGGAGAAACAAAAAUUGGUAUAUAAAAAAAAUACACUGUGUGGAAGGCAAGUGGAAGAGUUCAUACAAAGCUGUUGCACAAAGCAGGCCAACAUUUUUGGCUUUAUGCACAGCUGAAUCCAUGAUGCAGUUUCCCUGCUUCUCUCCCUGUGCCUGCGCUUCACAUACUAGAUUUCAUGACCUCUAUUGUGGUGGAGGAUCACUUUUCUUAUCCCUAGAGUUGCAUAAAAAUAAUUCAUGGUACAUUAUCAGCUCAUUUAUAUGGUGGCAUUCUUAACACUUCCUUUGUUAGAAAUAGUGGGGGAAUGAUUCUGUUCAAACAAGGGGGAGAUCAGAAAAAAACUCGAAUACUAGGAUUUGCUUCCUGGAUGGCACUGGUUCAGGGAUCUUAUGGUCCUAAGGGUUCACACACACCCUUUAACUCAUGCAGACACCUCAGCUAAUGUAAAAAGGGUAUUUUAUUUUCUACUGUUUUCCAAAGAGUACAAAUACAUAAUAUCAAAACUCAGGUCUUGCAGGCAAAAAUUAGCACUUGUUCCAGGGAGUGCUAAGGCAAGCAAGCACCUGAUACAGUGACAGUCAAAACACAAUGAAAUAAAUUAUGUUUCUGUCUUGUUUCACGCAUCUUUUUCCCUCAUUCUGAUUCUGCAAAUGUUUGGUCCUCUAUGGCUUUAUGAAGUGUUUCACUUUCCUAACAUCUGUUGACUUAGCAGAGGAAGUUCUGGAGCUGCAUUCAUAAACUCUUAAGCAGAACUCUUUAAAUUGAAAUUAACUUCCCAUCUUAAGAUUUUAUUAUCAGAGUACUUAAAAGGGUUAAAAUACCAUUUCGGGAUAAUGAAUGUAACACUGGUUAAAUGAAUCAUAUGCUUUGUUACAAAAGUACUGUUUAUUAAGUAAAAGAGAAAGUCUUUGGUUUUAAGAUAUUAAAGCUGGUAUUUAGUCAAAUUAUCAGGUCUUAAGGUAUGAAAAGAAUGUACAUCAGUUUCAAUUUAAGACUUCUCUCUCUUUGGAUUUACAUGUUCCCCUUCCAAAGGUUUUUUUUCUGGUUCCAUUUUCCAAUCAGUUACUAGCAAGUGCUGUAAACAGCAACUUUUUGGCUGAUGGCCUGCAAGAGGCUGCGGACUGUUUCUUCCAGCUGCACCACUUGCUUGGCUUUGUCUUCCAGAAUUCUUUGAUUCUUCUCAUAUGUGUUUUCCAAUUCUGCAAAGAAAGAAAAAACGGGGGGGGGGGAGGGAGAGGGAGAAGAGUCAGGUUAUUCCAACAGCAGACACUACAUGUUGGGUAGUUUGAAAGCCAAAGUAAAGGUGGAAUUGGAAAGAAGUCAAACCCCAUUGUACCCAGUUAUUUGGCUUUUACAGAAUGUGAGAGGCUUCUAAUAAAAAGGAGAAACAGCUGUCUUUGAUGAUGGCGAUGAUGGUGUUUUACGUCACGGUGCUGCGGAAAUGGGCUUAGGAGGUGGGGAAGGAGUGCUCAGCUGUAACUGAGAACAUAUGGCAGUUCUAAAGAAAUAUUCAACCCCUUUUUCCAUAUUGGACUUUACCCUUGAGCUGCUGAAGUUUGCUGUUUGCUUGUUCUAGCAGUGUUUUAGCUUCAUUCUGUAGUGCCUCUGCUUUCUUCCUGGCAGCUGCAGACUCGCUUGAUUUCUUGGCAAUUAAGCUUUCUACUGUCCUAUACUUGUCGUCCACAUCGUUAUCUAGUACCUGCGAUUUGAGACACAAGGUGGCAGUAUUACUCAGGACACAGAAAUAGAACAUUCUUUGACAUCCUACUUUCACUCUUACUAAGGAUCUACUGAGCAGAGACCACACACAUCCUGAGUGGAGUCCAUGGAAAUGGACCUCUCUUUCAGUAUCGUUCAAAGCAUCCCUUCCCUUCUACUCUCUUUACCCCAUGAGAAGAAGAAAAAACUGUGGUUUGUUGUUCCCAGCCUUUAAAUAUGGGUCACAGCUGGAGUAGAUACACACACUAGUGUCCAUACUCUUUUUGGAAAUGAAAAUAAAGGUCCUGCUCCCUAUUGGCAGUAGCUGACUUCCAAUUUUAAGAAUGGACCAAGACUUCCUUCAACAGACAAUGUUUGCCACAGCUGUUUUUAAAUAGAAAUAAACGACUAUCCAAUCCUGC